CCGGUCCCCAACAGGUGGCCAUCAAGGUGCGCACCACCGCCAACGUCGCCGUUGCGGCCGGGGUGUGCUUUCCUGGCCUAUAGCAAAGGAAGCAAUUUUGGUUGAAUACCUGUCAACGUCACCAACAACGCCAAGCGGGCAGCAAACUCCAAACGUCCAACCAUGACCGCCACCGACCUUUCCUGGUCCUCGUCAAAAGGCGCCUCGCGUGCCGGUACUCAAUCAAGACCCAGAGCCAUUCCCGACCCGGCAAUCCCUCCCUCGUCUCCCUCGACCGUUGCACAGGUUUCCGCCGAGGGAGAGUCGACAAUGCCUCCCAACAAUGAUCCCAAUUCUCGCGAGACACUCGCCGUGCAUACCUCCCUCCUCUUCGACCCCAUCCAGAAGUCCUUUCUGAAGAAUGUCUCGGUUGAGGUUAACACCAAAACCGGUGCCAUUGCCCGUCUUUACCAACGCGACAGCUCCCAUCUCCCGGGCCCUCUGUCCGAGCACGAUAUCGAUCUCCGCGGCAAAGUAGUCCUCCCGGGCUUUGUUGACUCGCACACCCACAUCUUCCUGCACUCAGACAAAGAACGUCUUCACUCACACCAGAUGCGCGACGAGUCCCCCGUCGAGCGCACCGUGCGGGCGGUCAACCACGCCCGCGCCGCCCUCCUGGCAGGGUACACGACGUACCGGGACCUGGGCACCGAGGCGCUGGGCAACGCCGACGCCAACCUGCGCGACUGCAUCAACCGCGGCCUGACGCCCGGGCCGCGCCUGCUCGUCGCCACCGAGGCCCUCGCCUCGAACGGCAGCUACGAGAUCCGCACCGAGAACCGCCUCGCCCGCGGGUCCGCCGUGGGCCUGACCCUGCCGCGUGCCUCGGACCCGGCCGACGGCGUCUGGGCCGUCCGCGCAGCCGUCCGGAGGCGCGUCGGCGAGGGCGCCGACGUCAUCAAGUUCUACGCCGACUACCGCCGCCGCGUGAUGCGCUUCCCGCCCGACACCGAGGGCCCCGGCGGCCGCCUGCUGUUCCCGCCCGACCGCCGCGAGAGGAACCCCGCGCUGCCGCUCUACUCGCAGGAGGAGAUGGACGCCAUCGUCGCCGAGGCGAGGCUGGCCGACGUGCCCGUGGCCGCCCACGCCGCCGAGACGAGCACCGCGCUGAUGGCAGUCAGGGCUGGCGUCACCACGGUCGAGCACAUCUUCGCCGACACGUCUCGGUGCCGGGACGAGAUGGUGGCCGAGAUGGCGGGGAGGGGCACCAUCUGGGUGCCCACCCUUAGCACGGCCGAGGAAGGGUUCGACGAGCACAAGUUUGAGUGCUGCAAGAGGGCCGUCAAGGAGGCCUUUGAUCGGGGCGUGAGGCUGGCGGCCGGGGCCGACACCGGCGUCUUCAACCACGGCCGCAACUGCAGGGAGAUGGAGAUCAUGAUCGAGGCCGGCAUCCCGGUGGAAGACGUGCUCGUCGCCGGUACGUACACCGGGUGGCAUGCCUGCGGCGGGGACGCCUCCGGGUUCCGGUUCGGGUGGUGGGACGAGGGUAACCGGGCCGACAUUGUCGCCCUGGACGCCGACCCCAGAGAGGACCCGAAGGCGUUCCGGAAGGUCAGCUUCGUCAUGAAGGACGGCCUGGUGUGGAAGCGGGACGGGCGGCCGGUCGACGCGUUCCCUGCGACGCAGUGGCCGGAGGAGGAAGCCGCAGAGUCGGCCGAGGAGAGCGGGACACUCAGGGAGCCGGCGGCGAUCCCUCUCAGAUCUGCGUUGUGUGCGGCGUCGACCGCGUCGCCCUCUGCGCCAUCGUUCGGCGGACCGACUCCGGCCACGUCGAGUAUCAAGGGUUCUAGGGAUCCAACACCAGCUGCUACGUCUGAUGUAGGCUGGGAGACGGACUCGUUUGAUGUCAAUCUCGGUUGAAGUGUUCUUGGCCUCGCUGGUUGCCGCCGAGGAUAUUCUCUGUCUGGGGGCUGGAUAGAGAAAAAGAAAACAUCAUUACAAAUAUACAUAUCCUGGUUCGCCACUUCGCUUCCUGAGACAGCUGAAUUCAGCUAAGUUGAAAAAAAGAGAGAUGACUGAUGCUCGAAAGGUUAGGUGACAAGGGAGUGGUGACAAGGGAGGCAGCCGGAUAUUUGGUGUUGUUGGCCUUUCCUUUCUAGCCAGUGCACAGCUCUGGCUCAAUGGAAAGUAUCCUGAUGAAGCAUGCGCAGACCUCUUGAACUCUGCCGGCUCACGACCGAUCUGUGUCUAGAUUUCUGCGUGGUCCCACACCGCGGUGUCUGACGACCACGGGAGUCAGUUCUUAGAAUGGAGUGAAGCAGGGGAGAGGUGUUGUCACUCCCCGGAUGCGUCGCUUCCACUUAGGAUACGCCCCAAAGAAAGGAAUUGACCAAGGCGGAGUUGGCGUCCCUUGUCAUUCACGGGGCGCAAUGUGUUGCUAAUCCAAGAUUAUCAAACCAUCGGCGGCUCGGGCUGUCAAAACAUGUCGUGCACUUCAGAAAUUCAGACCCAUCCACACAGCACGUCAGCGAAGGGGGGAUUUUCGGCAAGGCAAAAAACAUGCGCAAGAGGCACAACACCAAGGCAGCUCGCCCGACCUACCCCCUUCGCCGCCCCUUCGGUGGCAGCAUAUUCUGUACAUAACUCGGCGCGCGCCCCGGGGCUCCGGCCCGACUAGUCAGACGCGCCUCUUUCCACGCCGCCGCCUAACCCGCGCCCACUGACGGUGCCGGGAGCGCGAAUACACACAUACGUGCUCACUGCUCGCCG